AUGACAGAGCGACCAAAAGUCUGGCGAGCCCUUUCUUUCAUUGACGGCGUCUCUGAGGCGGUCUCCCGUCUCCUAAGGCCACUGGGAAUCGGCAUUGCCCAUCGGCCAGAGUCAACAAUCCGGCAUCUGGUAAUGAGACCCAAGACCCCGCUGCCACCCGGUGAAACAACAAACGUGAUUUAUCGGAUCCAUUGCGGCUCCUGCGCGAUGAACUACAUUGGGGAGACCGGUAAACGACUCCAGACCCGUGUUAAAGAACACAUGAGGGCCGUAAGGAGGAUGGACCAGUUAUCCCUGGUGGCAGAACACUGAGCAAACUCUGGACACACAUUCGCUUUCCAGAGUGCCGAAAUCCUGGGCCGAGGAAAUGAUCGCGUGACCAGGGAAACAAUUGAGGCCUGGCACGCCAGCACGAACUCCAUCAGCCGCUGUGUAGCGCUUCCCGAAGCCUACCAGGCCCUCCGGACGAAGCUCAGAGAACAGGCGAGCAAACGCGGAAACCCAAUUGCGGCAGGGUCCAUGGGGGACACAAACGCAGCUGCACUUCAACUUGGAUCUGGCGAAGGUGCGAUCGCCACAACAGUCGCGACACCCACUUGUCCGGCAGGUGAGAAAACGGACGGUCGCAGUAACACAAACGGACCCGACGAAGGUGCCAGCGUCACUACCACUCAUCCGGCAGGUGAGAACACAGGCCGUUACGAGGUCGUAAAGAAGAUUGCCAACCUAGGACGAGAACCAAGAUCCAUUCGAACACGUGCGAUGACGGCUAGCGCCCGAAAGCCGGCCCCCGAGGAGAGGUAA